CACUUAAACGCUACCCAAUCUCGUUUUGCAGUGGUUGCUGCAUUGCCACUACCGUUUACACAUUCCCGUUCAUAUGAUGUUGAAGCAAUAAUUCGGGCAGAAUGUAUAAAGGAAUUGGGUGUAUGGGUUGUUAAGUACCCUAACCGAUUUCUGGACGAUACAAAUAUAAGGUAUCUCGGAUGGCAAUUGUCCGAUAAGUCACAAAUAGUGCGGUUGGAAUCGUUGAAAGUCUUAGAACAGCUUUAUACUAGUGAGACAUUUGUAAACGGUUUGCGGAAUUUUACCUCACGGUUCAAACCUAGACUAUUGGAAAUGGCUUUAAGGGAAAUAGACAUAAACGUUCGUAUAGCCAGCAUUCAAAUACUUACCAUAAUUCAUAAGAUCGGGAUGUUGGAAAGCGAAGACUGUGAUCAACUGUCACUUCUUAUAUAUUGUGAUGUAACAAGAGUAAGAAAAGCAAUCGCACCAUUCAUAAAAGAAACACUUGAGGAUGAUUUUAUACGGGAGAGAAUCUCAAAGGUUCAAACUUUCUUAGCAACAAAUGGUGGUACAAAACGAAAACGUGUAAACGGUAGUGGCAAUGCAGCAACCACUGCAAAACGAGAUUGGGUAGC